AUGACCUCUUCUAGGUCUCCCUCUCCCUCUCUGCGCCGCUCUCGCAGCGUGUCGCCCACCACUGCCACGACGCGUCUCAUCCAGCAAAACCGCUUCGGUGCCCUCUCCGAUAGCAGUUCCGAAGAAGAUGAUGCCAUCCUCCGACCACGCGGGAAAAUGGCCGCCAGAAUGCAAGCCCGCGGGAGCGAGCCACAAGAAUCAGAAUCAGAAGCUGAACCAGAAGCUGGGGACAACGCGAACACGACGCGAAGCAGUCCGCCCAGGGAGAAGAUUUCUGGCAACGGAAGCAACCAAAAUGAGGCCGAGGAAGAGGAAGACGACGACGAAGACGUUAUUACUACGCGCCCUAGGAAGCUGAAGUCCAGGCCAGAACGCAGCUCUACCCCAGAGCCAAGGCCACAUCAGGCCGCGUCGUCACCCGGUCCCAUCAUCUCGCCACAGAAGGACGCCCCCGGCUCUCCCGGGCUCUUCAUCUCACCAUCCAAACCUCAGUCUCCUUCCGCAGAUCAUAGUGAUGACGGCCUGCCCAGUCCAACUGGCUUGUCGAAGAAGCCCGCGUUCAAAGCCCUCGUUGCUAGGAAACGGCAGGAACGCCUCGCCAGGGAGGCCGAAGAAGCGCGCAAGAAGGCUGAAAGGAGAAAGGCAGCCAGCUAUGAAGAUGACGAGAUCAUGGCAGACGACGAAGACGACAACAUCACCGACGACGAGGGCGGGCGCAAGCUCACCCAAGAGGCGGCCACAUCACGCCCUUCGCGCAAAGCUAGCAAAAAGGCGCUAGAGGAGAUGAACCGCGAGACGCAGCGGUUGACCCGGAGCCUGCAGCUCGCUCACGAGGCCAAGGUGAAGAAGAAGCUUUCCAAGUCGGCCUUGUUUGAGCGCUUCAACUUCAAGCCUGCUGGUGCGGCGGCAUCAGUUGAGGAGACCGCGCCGGCCGCGAGCUCAAGCCGUGCUCCGACCCCAGCAUCCGUUCAGCAGAGUGAUUCCGAGAUGAAGGACGCUGAGACGCCGCCUAGUUCACCGCCGGUGGCUGAAAAGGACGGCACUUCCGACGACGUCCCGCCCGCGGCGACAGAGAACAACGGUGAUGAAGACGACUUCCCCGUUCUGGACGAACUCGUCCAAGAAGCUACGGCGUCCAAGAAGCUCGACAAAGGCAAAGGCAAGGCAACAGCUGCCGACUUAGAACAACCCGCUGUCGAACUCCCACGGAAACGCAACAUUCGCGUCAAGUUCCCUCCCCUCCAAGCCAACGCCGCCGCUCUCUCCGUCUCCUUCGACGCGGACAAUGAUGAUGACGACGACGACCUCCAAAUCGUGCCCAGCCGCAAGUCCAAGCUCGACGCCAUCUUCGACCGCAUCCCCACCAACCAAGCCAAACAAACCCACUCCCUGCAAGUCCUCCGCCGGCUCGCCCACCUCGACGACCCGGAGAAGAAGCCGGCGCCCCCCUCCCGCGCGGGCAACAAGCUCAAGAAGCAGCAGCAGGAGCCCGCCAUCACCGCCGGCGAGCUCCACGCCAACCUCCUCCAGCGCGCCCGCCACCAGGCCAAGCUCGAGCGGGACCGCCACUUGGAAAUGCUGCGGGCCAAGGGCGUGCAUGUGCAGACUGCCGAGGAGCGGGAGCGGGAGAUGCAGGAUGUGGAGGAUAUGGUUGCCAAGGCGAGGCGUGAGGCUGAGGAGAUCAUGGACAAGGAGCGUGGCGAUGCUAAGGCGGAGAGGAAGAAGAGACGCAAUGCCGGGGAGGAGGAUCCCCUGGGCUGGGAUGACGAGAGUGAUGAUGAGGACUAUGAGGAGGAGGUGGUGGAGGAGAAGGAGGUUGAACUAUCUGGCUCCGAGGAGGAGGAGGGAGAGGAAGAGGAAGAGGGCGAGGGUCUGGUUGACGAUGCUGCUGAAGAGAUCGUGGAGUCGUCUGAGACUGAAGAGGUCGAAGAGCAGGCCGCCAACCAGGACUCUGAUGAAGAGCUGCCUGGCUCUAUGCAAGUCCGACGCAGGGCGAGAAAGCACGUCACCAUCGUUACUGACGAUGAGGAUGAUGCUGAGCCUCUUGUCAAGGCUACGCCCCGGCCCAAGACUCACUUUCCCAAGUCGCCGUCAGUCCGCAACAAUGAGUCGCCGAGUGUGCCAACAUCGGUCUUGCGGUCCGCUACCAAAACCUUCAUCCCGGGCCUUCCUGUCGCCGGGCCUGCUGGUCUGGGGCUCACUCAGAUCUUUGCUGGCACCAUGGACGACAGCCAGAUGGGGACAAGCCAGACAACGCCCACCCAGCCACGGCCCACUUUCGACGUGACCGCCUUCCCCGACUCCAACUUCUCCCAGACCGCACAAGAGGCCGCAGAGGCUCUGAUCCUCGACAGCCAACCGAACCGGGAGACACAGGCCGAAACCCAGGGCGUGCAGAUCCGCUUCUCGCAGUCCCAAAUGCACGGCUUCGACACCUUCUUGGAGGAGACCGCAAACCCGACCCAGAUGUCGGAGCUCAUCGAGCCAACCCAGGACUCGGGCUUCCACGACUUCUCGCCGCUCCGCCAGCGUUUUGUUGAGCCCCCGGCUUCGACUGUAGACACAGUCCCUGCCGGUCAGACUCAGGCGGAGGAGCAAAGCGAGUCGCCUCUGGUGCGCAGAACCGGGAAGCUCAGGCGUAAGGCCGCGAUUGUGCCGGCAUCGCCCAGCCGUAACUCCGUCGCGGGCGAGGACGAGGCUCCCGAGGCUGACGAGUUCGGCUUCGGCACGACCUCCAACAAUGCUUUCGCCGCCAUGAAGGAGGCUGCGCUCAAGGAAAAGAAGCUCAAGGAGGCCUUUGACAAGAAGAAGAGCAAGGCCCGCGACAUGGUGGAGGAGCAAGCCGAGGAGUCCGAGGACGAGUACGCCGGGCUCGGCGGUGCCGAUGGUGAAGACAGUGACGAUGAUGAUCAAUCAGUCAAGGAGAUGAUUGAUGACGAAACUAAGGAGAACGAGGGCGACGAGAGGAAGCUGGCGGCUUUCUAUGCUGACCGCGAGCGUGCCGAUGACGAGAAGCAGGUAGAGAAGCUCUUCCACGACGUCACGACUGGCCAGCUCCGGCGCAAGCGCAACGGCAACUGGGACGACCUGUCCGACUCGGACGAUGGCGGCGAGGCCCGCCGCCGCAUGAAGCGUCGCCAGUUUGCCAAGAUGCAGCGCACCCUCUAUGCCGACGAGCGCAUCAGCAAGGUGGCCGAGAACCCGCGCAACCAGGCGUUCAUGCGGACCAUUGAGGACCGGGGCAGCGACGACGAGAUGGAUUUUAUCUUUGCGCCGCCGCCGCCGCCGCCGGGAGCGGAGAGCCAGGAGACGCAGGCUUCGGGUACCGGCCCAGCCGCUGUCAUCCCCAACAGCCAGCCCCAGGCGGCCCCCGUGUCCAACCCUCGCCGCACCAAGGCCGGGAAGAAGCCCUCCAACAUCGGCGAGAUCCGCGAGUCGCUCUCCAACCUCCUCGACGAGCCCUUCAACCCCUCAUCCUCCCUCAUCCCCGCCACCGAGGCCGGCUCCUCAGACGACGAGGCCCGCCCCCAGUCCUCCCACAGCAACUCCAGCGCCUCCAGCAACAAAGAAAACCGCAACCCCCGCCGCAGCAAACCCGCCCCCGCCAUCAUCGACCGCAUCAACCUCAAACGCAACUCCUCCACCGCCUCCACCGCCAACAAACUCGCCUUCACCUCCGCCACCACCUCCACCUCCACCACAACCACUUCCCGAGGAGGAGGAAGCGAAGGCACCUUCAAAGUCCCCGCCCUCCUCCGCCGCGCAACCACCAACUCCCUCCUCUCCACCAGCAGCAGCAGUACAUCCUCCACCUCCAGCGUGACCAACACCAACACCAACACCCUCGCCGCCCGCACCGCCGCCGAGAGCAUGAAGAUCAAGAAGCCUGCGGGCAAGCGGUCCGGCGUGAGCUACCUCGCGCGGGAGACGGAGCGGCGCGCGGCCGUGGCCGAGGCGGAGCGCCGGAGGGAGGCGCGCAAGUUCCGUGGCGCGGAGGGGCGCGGGAAGGCGGUGGGGGGGUUGUUUGGGGGGGGCAAGUUCGAGUAGUUUUUCUUUUCUUGGGAGGGGGCGGGUGUUGUGUGG